CCCAUUGAUUUUUGUGGGUGCAAGUCAAGGAAAAAGCACCUAAAGAGUCUUCUAUCGCCUGCCAUCUCCUCCCUCUCUCCUGACCUACUAGGGCAGUCACACAUCGAUUGGUUCCCAGCUAAUAGAUUGUGCCACCCGGUAGAGACCUCUGGGGACUAGCCUGGAGCUGGAAGAGUCUCACGCAGCAGCCCAGCCCCAGAGUUAAUCAAACUAGCAACAGGAUCUCAGGCAGCGGCGGCGGCAGCAGCGGUGGCAGCAGCGACGGCGGCGGUGGCAGGAUUGUAGCAGCAGCGGCAGCAUUAUGCAUGAUUACUGACAGGCACCAGCUGCUGCCGCCGCCACAGCCUCUCAACGCACGAUGUGGACUCUCGGAUCUAGAGGCAGAUUCCAGACUAAUCCCAGAGGGCUGGCCCAGCCUGAGCUCCCCCGUCUGCUAGCAAGCGAUGGCCACUCUUGUUAGCCCAAGUUGAAGGAAGCAGGGCUGCGCUUGGGAGCCGGGAGAGACUGGACUCUUCAGAAGCGCAGCAGAGGACUAUGAACUGAAGAGUAAACAUGUAUGGAAAUUACUCCCACUUCAUGAAGUUUCCCACAGGCUUUGGCGGCUCCCCUGGCCACACUGGCUCCACAUCCAUGAGUCCGUCGGCAGUCUUGUCCACAGGGAAGCCAAUGGACAGUCACCCCAGCUACACAGACACCCCAGUGAGUGCCCCACGAACACUGAGUGCUGUGGGGACACCCCUCAAUGCUCUGGGCUCUCCAUAUCGAGUCAUCACUUCUGCCAUGGGUCCACCCUCAGGAUCACUGGCAGCCCCUCCAGGAAUCAAUUUGGUGGCCCCACCUAGCUCUCAGCUAAAUGUGGUCAACAGUGUCAGCAGUUCCGAGGACAUCAAGCCCUUACCAGGUCUGCCCGGGCUUGGAAACAUGAACUACCCAUCCACCAGCCCUGGGUCUCUGGUGAAACACAUUUGUGCCAUCUGUGGGGACAGAUCCUCAGGAAAGCACUACGGAGUGUACAGCUGUGAAGGCUGCAAAGGGUUCUUCAAGAGAACCAUAAGGAAAGAUCUCAUCUACACGUGUCGGGAUAAUAAAGACUGCCUCAUUGACAAGCGUCAGCGCAACCGCUGCCAAUACUGUCGCUACCAGAAGUGCCUGGUCAUGGGCAUGAAGAGGGAAGCUGUGCAAGAAGAAAGACAGAGGAGCCGGGAGAGAGCUGAGAGUGAGGCAGAAUGUGCCAGUGGUGGCCAUGAAGACAUGCCGGUGGAGAGGAUUCUAGAAGCUGAACUUGCUGUUGAACCAAAGACAGAAUCCUACGGUGACAUGAACAUGGAGAGCUCGACAAAUGACCCUGUUACCAACAUAUGCCAUGCUGCUGAUAAGCAGCUUUUCACACUUGUUGAGUGGGCCAAGCGCAUCCCCCAUUUCUCAGACCUCACCUUGGAGGACCAGGUCAUUCUGCUCCGGGCCGGGUGGAAUGAAUUGUUGAUUGCCUCCUUCUCCCACCGCUCGGUUUCCGUCCAGGACGGCAUCCUGCUGGCCACAGGCCUCCAUGUCCACCGGAGCAGUGCUCACAGUGCUGGUGUUGGUUCCAUCUUUGACAGAGUUCUCACUGAGCUGGUUUCCAAGAUGAAAGACAUGCAGAUGGAUAAGUCAGAGCUGGGGUGCCUGCGAGCCAUUGUGCUGUUUAACCCAGAUGCCAAGGGUCUGUCCAAUCCCUCGGAGGUGGAGACACUGCGUGAGAAAGUUUAUGCCACUCUUGAGGCCUAUACCAAGCAAAAGUAUCCAGAACAACCAGGCAGGUUUGCCAAGCUGCUGCUACGCCUCCCAGCUCUGCGCUCCAUCGGCCUGAAAUGCCUGGAGCACCUCUUCUUCUUCAAGCUUAUUGGGGAUACCCCCAUUGACACUUUCCUCAUGGAGAUGUUGGAGACCCCACUGCAGAUCACCUGAGCUCUCAGCUGCAUCCUUCUCACCCAGGAUAGCCCCUGGGCAAGUGUGUGUGUGUGUGUGUGUGUGUGUGUGUGUGUGUGUAGCCCCAUCUUACACACUUUCCCCACCUCCCACUCUGACUCCUUUCCUGUCCCCAAAAUGUGAUGCUUGUAAUAAAGACAACCUUUCUACACAUGAGACUUUUCUAGGUGGAGUUUUGUACAGAUGUUAAAGGUGACCCUUUUGAUAUCUAAGGGGCUGAGGUCUUUCUGGAAGUUCUUGGGAAGAGUAACCAAGCCUCUGUACAUAUAAUUGGUUUAAAUUAUUUUUUCACUUGCCAUAGAAAGCAAACAAAUGGAAAAUAAUAAACAUGAUGU